UACUUGCCAUUGGUUUGUAUCACUGGGAAGAUGCUCCAGGUUUGAUCCCUGUCUUUUGACCACGGAAAGCGUUGACAAUGCAGGAAAUGACCUAGAGGCCUUACAGAUACAUUUGUGCUUUUGUCGCUCCAAUCUGCAUCCGCGGGGAGCAGCGAGAUCUGGAAGCACACUUGUUUCCGCGGUGAGUAAUAUCUACCUCAGCCAGGAAGCUGCUGGAGACUUCAGACAGGCAGACAGAGCUAUCAGCUGGCCGCUCGCUCACUGCCUGCAGAGUUCUGCUUUCUGAAGACGAUUUCAGACGGACUGGAUCUGUCUACGCUUCGCCUCCCACAGAAACCACAUCCUCUGAUUCCAGCAUUCACUUUUUAUUACUGUCCUUUUCCCUCCGUGCUGUUGACCAGUGUCCGAUUGUCCUUGGCUUCAUCUUUGCUUUUAAAAGGAUUUUCUACUUUUAUUAGUGCAGGCUGGUUUAGGUUUAUAUAUGUCCAUCCAUACGUGUAUAUACUCUAUGUACUGCAUGACAAAGGAUCCCCCCCACCCAUUGUGAAGGAAAGUUAAUGCACUUUAAAACUUGGCUAUAGUUUCAAUUUGAGUAAAUUGUUCUUGGCUUUUCCCCCCUAUUAUGAUAAUUCUGUCAGAAGCUGGAAACAGAGAAUCUGGAGGUGUGUGCUGUUUUUUAACCUGCGCCUGAAGUAUCUGCAGCCGGGCUGCACGUAAGCAUUUCACGCGGCCUGCCAGUGUUUUGAUUGCCCUCCAACCUCUCCCAGUUCUUGCUGCCUCUCUACCAGGCACACUGAGAUGAGCCUCUGGCAGGUGGAAUCCUUGAGCUGUCUUUUUCCAUAACUUGAACAGCUUCAGGACUGUGAACUGAGCUUGGUGUUUUUGUAAAGAAGACAAGAGAACUUUGUGAGAUAACGAACAAAAAAAGUUUCCGGUGCUGUUGCACCACUUAUGUAUUGUUGUAGUGCGCAGGAAAGUAAAAUGGACUACAAGCGUCGCUUUUUGCUCGGCGGGUCCAAGCAGAAAGUGCAACAGCACCAGCAGUACCAGAUGCCUGAGCUGAGCCGGACCUUGAGCGCCUCCCUGGCCUCCUCUUGCUCUGCCUCCUCGCCCAUGGGCACCGGGGUGGGGAUGCCUGGCAGCUGCCACCCCCCUCCUUCUGGCACCACCACCGCAGUUGCAGACAUCCAGCAAGGCAUCUCCAAAUAUCUGGAUGCUCUCAACGUUUUCUGCCGGGCCAGCGCCUUCCUCACAGACCUGUUCAGCAGUGUGUUCAGGAACUCUCACUAUUCCAAAGCAGCUAUGCAACUGAAGGACGUGCAGGAACACGUCAUGGAGGCGGCCAGCAGGCUGACUGCAGCAAUAAAGCCCGAGAUCGCCAAGAUGUUGAUGGAGCUGAGCGCCGGGGCGGCCAACUUCAAAGACCAGAACGACUUCAGCCUGCAGGAUGUUGAGGUGCUGGGUCGGUGCUUCCUCACGGUGAUGCAGGUCCAUUUCCAGUUUCUGUCGCAGGCUCUGCAGAAGGUGCAACCCGUGGCUCAGUCCUGCCUGGCCGAGGCUCUCGCCCAGGCCCAGGAGCGCUGCGCCAACACCCGCUCCCAAACCUCCGACCUUGGGCCCCUCACGGAGCUGGAGGAGGCCUCCCGCCUGUGGAAAGGUGCAGCUCAGGCCAUGGCCCGGCUGAGAGAGAGGGGUCGGGACGGCUGCCUGGCAGGCAUCCAGGUUCAGCAUCUCUUCUGCUCCAACAACACCAACAUCCCCGAGCACCAGCUGAAGGAGCUCAACAUGAAGAUAGACAACGCUUUACAGGCCUACAAAGCAGCACUAGAGAGUCUGGGUCACGGCGAGUACGCACUGAAGGCCGGCUUCCAUCUGAACCCCAAAGCUGUGGAGGCAGCCUUGCAGAGCUGCUGCAGUGACGCGGAGGCUCAGCAGGCGGGCCGGAUGCAGACCACCUCUCAGCCCAUCCAGUGCGAGCUGCCCACCAUCCCCGUGCAGAUCGGCUCACACUUCCUCAAAGGAGUGUCCUUCAACGAGUCCGCGGCGGAAAACCUCAAACUCAAGACGCACACGAUGCUGCAGCUCAUUAAGGAGGCACUGGGUCAGAACGGAGUGACCCCCAGGGACGACUCCCCCGUUACCGAGGUCCUCAACCAGGUCUGCCCCUCCAGCUGGAGAGGAGCCUGCAAGACGGCCGUCCAGCUGCUGUUCGCCCAGGCCGGGCUGGUCGUGGUUGAUACAGCGCAGAUCGAGAACAAGGAGGCCUACGCUCCACAGAUCACUCUGGAGGGCUCCAAGGUGAUCGUCCAGGUCCCCUCCACAUGGUGUCUGAAGGAGGACCCAGCCACGAUGUCUCUGCUGCAGCGGAGCUUGGAUCCGGAGAAGACUCUGGGUCUGGUGGACGUUCUGUACACAGCCGUAUUCGACAUCAACAGGUGGAAGGAGAGGAAAGAGCAGUCGCUGCCCACUAUUCAGCUCCAGCUGCAGCGGGAGACCCCUGACUACAGCGUCCAGGUGGACCUGCCCCCGGGCCCCUGCUCCAAGACCUCCAGCGGCUUACCCAAAACGAUCUCCAAGCUGACCUCCAAGUUCACCAAGAAAGUCUCGUCCAGUUCCAACAGCGGGGGCAGCUACUCCAUCCCCAGCACCCCUUCCCGCAGCAUGCUGAGCAGCAGCAGCUCCGAGGACAAAUCCAAGAGCCUGGGCCACGGCGACGGGCGGCUGCAGAGUAUCCUGCAGAUGAGCAGCCUGUCCUGCACCCCCGACCCCUCCCAGCUGGCCAACGGCUCGGGGCCCGACGACCAGGGCAUGAACCUGCCCACCGACCAGGAGAUGCAGGACGUCAUCGACUUCCUCUCGGGGUUCAACAUGGGGAAAUCCCAGCAGGCCUCCCCCCUGGUGAAGAGGAGGAACUCUGUGGCGUCUGCAAAUCCCGCCGAGCUGAAGCCCCCCAGCGGAGCCCCGCCCACCUCUCAGUCCGUCUCCCACAGCGCCCUGCAGCCCCAGCCCCAGCUUCCCCCACCAGUGCAGAAGCAGCAGCAACCUCCUCCUCCCCAGCAGCAGCCCCCUCCUCCCCCGCAGCAGCAGCCUUCCCCCCAGGCCCUGCAGUACUACCAGCACCUCCUGCAGCCCAUCAGUCAGCAGCAGCCUCCCCCCCCUCAGCAGACCCCGCCCCAGGUCCUCGCGCAGCAGAGAGCACCCAGCAAGUGGCUCGGUGGCUCCUCAAACCAGCAGCCUCCUCCCCCGCAGCAGGGCCCCCCGGGAGGGCUGUCCCCCCUCGGUCCCAUCGGGCAGUGGGGGUCCCCUGGCCAGCCGGACCUGAGCUCGGACCUGUACAGCCUGGGUCUAGUCAGCACCUACAUGGACAGCGUGAUGUCGGAGAUGCUGGGGCAGAAACCACAGGGGCCCCGCAACAACACCUGGCCCAACAGGGACCAGAGUGAGGGGGUGUUCGGGGUCCUGGGGGACACGCUGCCCUUCGACCCAGCAGUGGGUUCAGACCCAGAGUUCGCUCGUUACGUGGCCGGCGUCAGUCAGGCCAUGCAGCAGAAACGGCAGGUGCAGCACAUCCGUCGCCCCAGCAACACACGCAGCAACUGGCCAAUGGCUGAAGAGCAGCACAGGACCUGGUCCCACCCGGAGUACUACAGCGAGGGGGAGGUGAACAGCAGCUGGUCGGCCAAUCAGGGGGACUCUGCCAGCUCCAGCGACGAGACGUCCUCAGCCAACGGAGACAGUCUGUUCUCCAUGUUCUCCGGGCCGGACCUGGUAGCGGCGGUUAAACAGAGGAGAAAACACAGCUGUGGAGAGCCUGAGGUUUGCACCCUGCCCUCCCCACCACUGCAUCACCUCGUCGAUGAUAACCAGGACAGCAAAACUAAGACCUGGCCCCCCAAGGCUCCGUGGCAGCACUCCACCCACAGCAACACCAUGCCCAAUCCCAGCUCUUCCUUGUACCAGAUGAACCUCCCCCCCUCCUCCCAGUGGAGCGACUCCAUGCAGAUGCUGCAGUCUCCGGUGUGGUCCACCGCCGGCGACUGCCCCCCCUCCUCCGGCAUCUCCUCUGGCUUUCCCUUCACUCAGCAGCAGCAGCAGCAACAACAACAACAACAACAACACAAACCCAUGACCAAGGGCUUCAAAUCCUUCCCCCUGAAACACGAGCACAGGCCCUCUUACCUCCACCAGUACUGAUCUCUGCCCCCCUCCCCCGACGAAUUGGAAGAUUUCAAAGCCUCAGCGGCAACAUUAAGUAAACACACUGGCUAAACAUUUUUGUAUCUAUUUUUCCAUGUCAACAUCUCCCCCCCCCCCCCCCCCCCCCCCCCCCCCCCACUUUGAGAAAAAAGGAGGCGUAUUUUGAAGUUUUCCGCCAUGUUUUAACUACGACAGGUGCAUGCUGGCAGUGGUCGUUUCUCUGUCUGUCUCCUCGGACAAGAGCUGGAGACGCGCACGGCCAUCACCCGCGUGUGUGUGUGUGUGUGUGUGUGUGUGUGUGUGUGUGUGUGUGUGUGUGUGUGUGUGUGUGUGUGUGUGUGUGUGUGUGUGUGUGUGUGUGUGUGUGUGUGUGUGUGUGUGUGUGUGUGUGUGUGUGUGUGUGUGUGUGUGUGUGUGUGUGUGUGUGUGUGUGUGUGUGUGUGUGUGUGUGUGUGUGUGUGUGUGUGUGUGUGUGUGUGUGUGUGUGUGUGUGUGUGUGUGUGUGUGUGUGUGUGUGUGUGUGUGAUUACAAGGGGGCUUCAAAUGCUCUCAUUUUUGCCCAUGAUGAAUAUACUGUGUCUACAUAGCUGUAACUGCCAAAUCUCACGCAAGACGGCUCAGAAUACAGCUACCAUCUACUGUUUCAUAGCUUGUAAAAUACUGAAAUAUAAAUAUUUAGUUCUUUUUAUUAAGAGGCUUUGAGCAGGCUCAGCAUAAAUAUAGUAAGUCACUGCGGAGGUGUAAUUUGAGAGAUAUAUACACUACUUUUUUCAGCGACUGACCAGAGUUUAGAGUUAUAGCCGUAACUAUGUGCCAUGUUGGUAUUGAUAGCACUUCCCAACCAAAGCGUUGUUCAGAAGAUGAAUGGUGCUGGAGCGAUGAGAGAUUAUUGAUUCAACCGUGAAGUCACGCCCGAUUGGACGAGAGCUUUAGGGAACUCCUUCACACGCAUUCAUCUCCUCUAAUUGGCAGUUGUUUGAUCCAGAUUGACACUAACUCCCAUAUACCUAACUCUUUUUUUCUCUUCUGUUUAAUAAUACAAUAUUUUUCUUGUACAAUUAUUGACAGUAUUAAUCUUAUUUUUGUAUUUUCUUACAUGUUAUACCAUUACUGUAUGUUAGUAUUCUUGUAGGCAUAUGACAUAACCCAUUAUUUUCCACCUCCCAAUAUGUGAAAAAGCACAUUCUUUUCCUACAGAGUUGAACUUCACCAUCUAUCUAUAAAGGUUACCAAAUAUGCCAUGCUCGACACUAAACCAUCGUGCGGUGAGGGCGUUUUCGAGCCCUUGUUUCUGCGGUUUCUAUGGCAGUGGGCUGCAUUUAAAGCCCAGAAUGUUAUCUUUGUGAUGUUUGCGGAUGCCAAUGUUGCCUGUAUUUAUGAAAUGACACCAUGUUUUCAGAAAACUAACAUACUUAACAUGUUUACAGAGAAUUGUUUGCUGUAUAUACAUAUAAAUAUAUAUCUUUUUAUAGUUAAUGUGCUUUGCACAAUCAAGAUAUAGGGUUUGUUGCUUUCUGUCUGUGUUUUCUCCCUAACUGUCGCAGCCUUUUUUAAAGAACUCGUUACAGACCUUGGACUGUAACUGUUAGCUUCUCAGCUGUGUCAAAUGGUUUACUAGUGGCUUCUACAAAAAAUAAAAAAUAAUAAAAACAUGUUGCCCUGAUAGACGAUAUGAAGGGGACUGCUUGGCUUAUGUUGCUUCUUGUUCUCUUGAGCUGGCAACUGAAUCUUUCCAAGUGUACCAGCAAUGCAAAAAACGAAUAAAAAUGACUAGCAAUUCAAA